CUCUCCGCAGGAGCUGCUGCUGCUGACAUCACAAGCGGCCCUUCCUUUUGUGUGUUGGUGAGCGCACCGGGGGCUGCGUGGGGACAAUGGAAUCCUGAACUCGGGGCGCGGGCAAGUGGGAAGCUGCUGCUGAAGAUGAGUCAAGGCUGAGCCCGGGGAGGGGAGAAGCUGCUGCCGCUUGAGGGCUGGAACAGGUGAGAGACGGGGAGGAAGCUCCUGCUGCUCCUGCUGCUGCUCCUGGACUGAGCCAGCAAGAGACACGAGUGGCCAGGCCCAGCCGCGCCGCGGAGGAGCCGCCAGACACAAAGGGAGAGGUUUGGGUUGUGUGGUGGGGGGGGUCGCUAUGUCGGAUGACGAUUCGAGGGCCAGCACCAGCUCCUCCUCAUCUUCAUCCUCCAACCAACAGACCGAGAAAGAGACAAACACCCCUAAGAAGAAGGAAAGCAAAGUCAGCAUGAGUAAAAACUCCAAGCUCCUCUCUACCAGCGCCAAGAGGAUUCAGAAGGAAUUGGCUGACAUCACUUUAGAUCCACCUCCCAAUUGCAGCGCUGGCCCCAAAGGCGAUAACAUCUAUGAAUGGAGAUCAACUAUUCUAGGACCUCCAGGCUCAGUAUAUGAGGGAGGAGUUUUCUUCCUUGAUAUCACAUUUACACCAGAAUAUCCCUUCAAGCCUCCAAAGGUGACGUUUCGGACAAGAAUCUAUCACUGUAAUAUUAACAGCCAAGGAGUGAUCUGCCUUGACAUUUUAAAAGACAACUGGAGUCCAGCAUUAACCAUUUCUAAAGUUCUCCUGUCCAUCUGCUCACUUCUUACAGACUGCAACCCUGGUGCACUUAGUGUCUGCGACAUGCAUACCGCCUUAGAAGUGGUAAAGGAAAUUGAAGCACACAGAUCAGCUGAUCCCCUGGUUGGAAGUAUUGCCACUCAGUAUAUGACUAACAGAGCAGAGCAUGACAGAAUGGCCAGACAGUGGACCAAAAGAUAUGCUACAUAAAAUGGAUUUUUGUCAAACUCUUGCAUUAUUUGUCUGUGAUGGAAAGAGCUGCUUAUUGAUUUUGAAGUGGGGGGAGGGAGGGUGCUGGUAAAGAGUAGGGUAUUUCUAUAACAGAUUUUAUUCAGUCUUUUAUUUCCUAAGAUUUUGUUGUUGUAACUUAAGGUAUCUUGCUACAGUAGACAGCUAGAAUUGGGAAUAGCAUAUUUUAAGACUGUCAUUAGUUCAGCAAUAUUAGCUCACAUAUAGUACCAAGAAGAAUGUAAAGUUAGACAUUUUUUUGGUUCAGUUGCUUGUGAUAUGUAAAAGAUAAAACAGCUUAAUUUUGUACAGGUACAUAUGUUGACAUUUAUGUAAAAGUCCUUUGAAGACUCUACACACUGGGUUUUUUGUUUUUGUAAAAGAUGUUGGGAUUCUUUUUUCCCCCUUGGGAGGAUGUGCUUGUAUUUAACAAUUCCUUUUCAAAGACUCAUCUCAUGAUAUGUAAUAUGGAGGAGUGGAUAUAUGGCCUCAUAUAGGAAAUGAGAAGUAGUUAAUGUAUUAUUUUAUAUGCCAAUCUACCUUUGUGAAAAGAAUAAAGGUUUUAAUCAGGAUUUAUGGCAACCUGUAGUGAAAUACCUUAAGCUGUUUAACUGUAAGGCGUGGAAUAGGAGUCACUCAGUGGAUUGGUUGUAUGUUGUGGGCUACUUAAGUCUGCAUUUGUUACUGUGCUAAUAAAAAUAUGUAAAAAAUGA